AUGUCAAUUUAUGGCAACAAGGAUUCCCCUGAAAUAUUAGAUGCAUUAAAUGUUUUUGCUGAUAUUCAAAUAAGAGUUGAUGAUAGUUUACCAAAGCGCUUAUGUGAAGUGUGCUAUAAUUUUCUACAAGGAGCAAUUUUAUUUAGGAAAAUUGCUAAGGAAUCUCAAGAGACUUUAAAUCGCCCAGUUAAAGAAGAGAGUUUAUUAGAUCAUUCACAAGACCAAGAUUACACUGAUGAUUAUGAAUGCAAGGACACAAUACAAAAUUGGCCUUCAAAUGAUGAUUUGAGAGAUACAAAAGUAUCUAAAAGAGAGAAAGAUAAACAAGCAACGAAAGUCACAUGUCAGGUGUGUAACAAAAUUAUAAAUCGCUCUUAUUACAAAGAGCAUCUUACUAUGCAUGAUCCAAACCAUCACAAAUAUGUUUGUGAUGUUUGUGGUAAAUCAUUUAGACUCCGUUGUGCUUAUCAUAACCACAGCUUGAGACAUAGGGAUGACUUUCCUUUUAAAUGCCAAUUUUGUCCAUACAAAGGUCGAUAUGCUGAGCUAUUGAAAACGCACUUGCGCACUCACACUGGAGACUACAGGUAUAUGUGUACAGAAUGCCCAGCAAGAUUUUUAUUUAAGAGUAACCUUAAUAGUCACAUGUUGAAACACAAAGAACCUCAAUUCAAAUGUGAUGCUUGUAAAAGGGCCUUUCACACUGAUCUUAUGUUAAGGAGACAUUAUGAGGCUGAUCAUUUAGGAAUUAAAAAUCAUGUUUGUAACAUGUGUGGAAAAGCUUUUGGUUAUAGAAAUGCCAUGAUGAAACAUCAGAGACAUGUGCAUAAAAGGGAAAAAUUACUUUUUGGCCGCAUGCCCUCUUAUUUAGAAGCAGAACAUAAACAUAGUGAAGAAAGCUGA